ACCUCCAAACACAGCUGUAACUCACUUGUAGAGGUCGGACCAGAAUAAAGGAAACGAACAAAGUUUACAUUAAUUCAUCGAAGGUUAAACGUUCAACAGCGGUCUUGUGAACAAAAAAAAGGUUGCCGAGUACAAUUGAACGACAGGGUAAAUCCUUCCUCCAGCAGUCAUGAGUGGAGAUAAGGCCAGAGUGAAUAUAGAGGAGCCGCGGUAUGAUCAGAACACAUACAUAGGCCGGGUCAAACACUUCCUCAUCACAACAAACCCCCUCAAUGUUCUAGCCACUAAUACACAGCUGGAUAAAGCCAAGUCCAUCGUGGAGAAAUACAGAAAGGGAGAUGAUAUACCUGGGUUAUCAGAGGAUGAACUUUGGAGAUCCAAGCAGCUUUAUGACUCGGCCUUUCAUCCAGACACCAAAGAGAAGAUGAUGCUGAUUGGUCGAAUGUCAGCACAAGUACCAAUGAACAUGUGUAUAACAGGAAGUAUGAUGACAUUUUAUAGGACCGCCCCAGCUGUUAUAUUCUGGCAGUGGUUUAAUCAGACCUUUAAUGCUGUAGUGAACUACACCAAUAGAAGUGGAAACGAUCCAGUUCCUGUGAGUCAGCUGGGUUUGUCCUACGUGCUAGCGUCUGGUGGUGCUGUGGGAACAGCCAUGGGCAUCAAGAGUUUAGUCAAGACUUUCCCACCUGUUGUUGCCCGCCUGGUACCUUUUACUGCCGUAGCUUCAGCUAACUGUAUCAACAUUCCCUUUAUGAGGAGCAGGGAACUCAUGGAAGGUAUCACUGUAAUGGACGAGGAAGGCAACAAGUUAGGGGAGUCUAAACUGGCCGCUAAGAGUGCUAUUGGUCAGGUAUUACUCUCCAGGAUAAUGAUGGCCCUACCAGGAAUGACUAUACCUCCUUUCAUCAUGAACCAUUUAGAGAAAAAAAGUUUUAUGAAGAAAAUGCCAUGGCUGAAUGCCCCGAUCCAGGUCUCACUUGUGGGACUUUUUCUGAUAUUUGCUACACCUUUAUGCUGUGCUAUGUUUCCCCAGAAAAGUUCUAUGAGUGUACAACACCUAGAAAAGGACUUACAAGACAAAAUAAAAGCCCUCCCUAACCCGCCACAGCGUGUCUACUUCAACAAGGGGCUCUGAUGAAGGGCUAUAGUCUACUUAGUUAGGGCACUCCGGUGAAUCUCUACAACACUUAUACCAUAGUAUGCAUCUGCACUUAAGAAUGAAUAUGUUAAAUGCUGAGUGUAUAUCUGGCAGAGAAUCAUGACAUUGAAAUGAGGACAUUGUCAGUGGUGCUGCACUUACUGGUAGUAACCAUUGGUAACAGAGGGACAUUGUCAGUGGUGCUGCACUUACUGGUAGUAACCAUUGGUAACAGAUAGAUAUUUAGAGAGCACAAACUGGGUGUAGGACAUACAAGUCAUGUCUAAUCAUGCCUGCUAUCUCAUAUUUAAAACUUAAUCAUUUUUUAAAGCAUUUUUGUAUAAGAUUUUUCCAUAAGUAAAUGUAAAGGAUGGUAGGGGUGAGCAAUGGAACAGGGUGACCUUUUUUGUGACCCCCACCAACUGCAUAAUUCUUUUUCCUGAUGCUGACAAUGCAUACCAAGGUAUGUUAAUAAUUGAUUGUAGACCCCUCCACCAAUACAUAAUGGAUUAUAAAUACAUCCCUGCCCCAUUGUACUGGUCAGUAUAUAUCUGAUGUUUAUAUUUACACAUCCUACUGGUCUAUAUACACCGUUUGCUAUUUGUACUGGUCUGUAUAAACACAUCACCUACAAAAAGUCUGUGUAUUUCCUUUUUCAAUGAAUACAAUGAAGUUUUAAUUUAAAUGUAACCAGCUUCCCUUUCAGCCAACGUUUUCAUUGACAACUUGAACUAUUUUGUAUAGAAAAUUUCCAAUUUGUUGCCAACACUGGCUGGAUAAUGGGACAACAGAACAUUAGUGGUGGCUGGAUUAAUUAUUUAAAACAAGUUAAAUUACAAAUAUACAUAAAUAAUUAUUAUAGCAGAUUUUUUUUUUUAUCAACUUCAGUGUUUUGCUUAGGUUGUAAAAAGUUUUAAAAAAUGAGUCAUUUGUUUUAAAUUUCUGUGUAGUAUUAACCUUAAAGUUACAAGUAUUUGAAUUUGUGAUCAGUACUUUUGUACUAAUUAUGUUAAUAUUUUUACAAAGUGAAAGUUCAUGACGGCAUCAACUCGGGUUACGAAAUAUUGAUACAAUACUGUUCAACAAAUUCCAUGUUAUUCCAAAUAUUGUACAGUACAUGCAGGUUGUAGGAAAAGCAGGUUACUUUCAAGGAUGAAAUACAAUUGACAAAAAAUAAUUGUUGAUUUGAAUAUGUACCCUUCAGUAUGAACCAAAGUGAACAAUGAAACAGUAGGUACCAGUAUAGAAGAAUGAUCAUUGUUAUUUCCUGGGAUGUUUAACAGUUUGUGUAUUCAAAUACACAGGUCAGUAUCAUUCUAAGGCUGUACAUGUGUAUACUACCUUACAGAUUAUAUCUGUCAUGUGUGUUUGGGUUAUCUCCCUGUUAAGUUUGAUUAUCAGCAUUAAACAAUUCAGAAUUAUGACUGUUAUUUCUGCAUACCUGUCAGAUGUGUUCUCAAUAAACACUAAAUACAAUUUACCUAUCAUGAAAGGUAUUUUGUAGUCUGGAAAUCUUUUGUAAAAGAUAUGCAUAUCACAGUAGGGUAGCAAAUACACUAAGGUACAGUGUCCAGCUACUUAUCUACUGUUGACAACAUGUCUUCAGGAGCUUUCUGAACUUUGAACUGUUGAAGUACCCCAGGGCUGUUAAGAUCAAACACCUCUCCACUGAAAUAAUUUCCCUAUUAGAUUUAUGUCAUUUUACGUAUAUUCAUACAAAGCGGAUGAUAGGUUGUAGAUCUUACCAGAGAGUUGGAAUAUUUUCAAAUUAUUAAUAUAACAGAUAUCAUGACUGGUUAAUGCCAUUACCUAUUACUAAAUUGAAAAAAUUGAAAAGUAAUUAUUUUCAAAAAUUGUCCUAUUUGUAAGCCUGGUUUAUUAGAUUCAUGUACUUACAACAUGUGUAUAAAGAUUGAUGUGCUUAUGUACAGCUACAGUUAUAUUCAAAUUCCUCAUUCCAUUGAAACCGGUUGAUGGGAGGUCUGAACUAUGAUAACAAUAUUUUUUACUGAAUAUUACAGUUAUUUCACUGAAAAUUGCUAAUAUGUUUGACAGUACUGUUGAUGUAGGAUUUUGGCUAUUUGUCGUUAUGGAGUUGUUUAGUGUGAGCAUGUUUUGAUACCAUUAUACACUGUUAUUUUUACUGCAUGUUGAUGUUUGUCAAUAAAAAGCGCACACCUGGGUGUUUCACACAAUGUACCUCUGUCAGUGGUCUCACACCUGUAUCAGUGUGGUAGUCUAUGAUUGUGUAGUGAUAUACCUGUCUAUUCAUUGAUAAUGAUAAACCAGACUAUUCUCUGAUUGAAUAUUGAUUAAUAGAAUUUUCCCCUACCUUGAGGGUGUGACAGAGAAUCUCCAACUCGAGGGGUGAUGUUUUUUGGUUGUCUAACCCAAGGCUUGGCCGAGGGUUAGACAACCAAAAAUAUCACCCCAAGGGUUGGAUAUUUCUCUAUUACACACUCAAGGUAGGGGAUGAUUAUUUUUUCCCCAUCCUUUUAUUUCAGUCACAGCUCCACCGACAGUUGUCUGCCAUGUUUGUAAACAAAAGCACAUGUGGGGUUUGCAUAUCCUCGUUCACUUUUGAUGACGUCACAAUUACGGAUGACGCAUUUUAUUGACGUCACAAUUGAACACGUGCUAAUCAGCACAAG